UAAUAAUCGUCAUCGAUAUCACCAUCAACAUUAUGAUACACAUCCACCAAAUGUUGUUGUUAAUGAUCCAUUAAUGGGUGGUCAACGAGAUGAUAAUAAUAAUAAUGAUGAUGAUCAAUUUAUGAUAAAUGCAUCAAAAACAAUAACAAAAGCAACUAAUAAAAAUCAAAGACAAAAUCUAUGUUACCAUCGUCAACAACAACAACAACAUCUGCAUGGAAAAUCAUUAAUGGCAAUGACAAAUGCUACCAACAUUCGAAUUCAACAACAACAACAACAGCAGCAGCAUCAGCAACAACAACAAUCAUCGACACCGGCAAUUCGUUCACAAACACUGCCACAUAGAAAAAUUAAUAAUAAUAACUGUGAUUUACAAUUCGCUAAAAUUCGAGCUAGUUUUAAUGAGAAUCAUCAUCAUUAUCAUCAUCAUCAUUAUCACAAUCAAUUACAACAGCAACAACAACAACAACAACGACAAUGUUAUUCCAAUUCUGAUGUGAUGAUUCGACAACAGCAACAGCAAUCAAUGGCUAAUGUAAACAAUUCAACGAUAAUGGCUCCUGUAAGAAACAACAACAACAACAAUCUGAUAAAAUUAACAUCAUCAACUACACAAGAUCAUUCUUUGGAACAACAAUGUUCGAUUAAUGCAACAAUGACCAUAAGACGAUUAUUACAAUUAUAUGAAUUGGGUGAAUAUCGUGAAGCAGCAAACAUUAUAUCUCGAUUGCCUUAUACAACAUUUCGUGCAGUGGUUCUUGAUCUUCCUGUCGAUGUGUUUGUCGAAGCGAUACCAUCAUCAUUACCAAUAUUGGAUGCAUUAUAUGCAAAAGUAUUCUUCUCUGGCCGUGAUCUAUUGGCAUUCGGUUUUAAAUUUCUACAUCCGGAAAAUGUUGUAUCGAAUAUGAUACGAAUGUUUGCCAUAUGCGAUGUUUAUUCACAUCCAUCCAGUCAGGAAUCGAUCUCAAUCUGUAAAAAACUUUUAAAGGUUAUUCUUAUCGCCGAUCCUAGUUUACGUAAACAGCUGCUCAUCAAAAAAGCCUUGAUCGAUCGAGCCGUUGAAGGAAUGGGUCAUCAUGGCUUGGUUGGCACUUCUAAUGAUGCUCUAAUGAAUUUACAUGAAGCAUUGCGAUUAGAAUUCGAACGAGUCAUACAACAAUAUAAGGGUGCUAUCGCUAAAAUUGACGAACUAUCAUCGACAAAUAAAAUGGGUAAAGAUGGUGGUCCUGUGACAAGAUCAUUAUCACAAGGACCAGCACCAACAUUUAGUUCACAUCAACGUCUUUUAUCAUUGAAACAAGAAGAAAUUCAAGAUAGAUUGAAUAAAAAUCGAUCACUAUUAUGUGCUCUGGAACCUUGUUUUCGUACCAAUCAUUCAUUGCAAAUAUUACUAGCAAUCCUACAGAAACGUAUCGAUUAUGAUAAAGAAACAUUAUUCCAAUUUGGACAAUUAAGUCGAGAAUAUUCAUCAUCUUCCAAUGGUACUUCUAAUGGUGUUGUUGUAGGUUCGUCAUCAUCAUCAUCUUCAUCGUCUUCUUCUUCAUCAUCAUCAUCAUCAUCAUCAUCAUCGUUAUCGUCGUCAAGUAAUAAUCAUAAUCAAAAUUCGACAAUAACAAACAUUCAUAAUCAUAAGUCUCGUACGUUACUUUCAAAUCAAUUUGAACGUGAUUCGGUUGUUGCACCAGUUUUAAUGCGAUUCUCUCAUGGCUGUAACCAGGUGCUCAAUCUUCUCAAAGAAAUUCAACAUGAAAAUGGAACAAUUGAAAAUGAAGAAAAUGUUGAACAACAACAACAACAACAACAGCAGCAACAGCGACAAAUAUUAAUGACAACUCAAUGUCCAGCAGCGAUGACAUUUACUUUGGCUACCGAUAAAAGUAAUAGUAAUGAAAUGGUCAAAAUUCAACCAACAACACCAAAACAGCAACGAUAGUUGGAAAAUCAUCAUCAUCACCAUCAACAUCAUCAUCAUCAUCGUCAUCAUCAUCACCAUCUUCAUCAGGUUCAUCAA